CGUUUGUCUGCUUUUGAAACUUGCUUAAGAGCUACUAGUCAAUUUCUGUCUCUGUGUUUUCUGCCGGAAGAAAAUGUCGAAAAACACGAGCUCGAAUGCUUUCCGGAGGAUUGAUGUUGAUCAAUAUGACGAGGAGAAGUUUAUGGAUGACCAGACAGACCAGGGAGACACAGGUCCUGACGCAAAUAAUGUUAAUAAUCUUCUCAUGGGAGGAAAGGCUGUGGAUGCAUUGAAGGCUUGUCUGCAGAAUCCACCAGUGCGAACCAAAGAUGCAAGUGUUAAGGAAAAAGCAACUCUUCUGUUUGUUCGUGUUAUUUCCACGAUAAAAGCGAGCGAAAUUUCUGGUGCAUUGCAAUCAUUAAGUGUUGAAGAAGUGGACACGAUCAUGAAAUAUAUUUACAAAGGAUUUUCUCUCGGCCUGGAUGGCCAGCAAUGUGGGUAUCUUCUAUCUUGGCAUGAAAAGGUUGCUGCCAAAGGAGGCAUGGGGUGUAUUAUCCGAGUUUUAUCGGACAGAAAGCGGCUUUAGAAGAUGGUCUGUUACAACUAUAUUCGAUAUAUCUUUAUACUCUUACUGCUCGGUGCAAACAGCACUUUUUAAUUUACGUCUAUUGUGUUUUGCCAGGAGCUCUUGAGGGCCUUUUCUUGACUAUUCAAAUCAAAAUUUAAAGUGGAUGCUUUCAAGUGCAGUCUCUAGCAUGCAGUUGUCAAGUGAUUGUAAAAUCCACUUACCAAAGUUUCCUUAAAGCUGAUAUAAGCAUUGUGACUAAAAUAUACCAAGUACCCUGUCUUUUGCGCGCCGUUUCUCGUGCGCUCUUUCGCCCAAAAUUUAACUCCUAUUAUCGAAGCACUUACCAUCCUCUACUGCGCUCUAUGCAGACCGCAUGGAGCUUUAUAUGUGGUCGCCUUGAUUAUUUCAGGAUCCACAACGAGUGGAAAGGUUCAAAUCUGAUAAAUUCUCUUCCGCAAAUAAUAUCUCUUGGUCAAGAUUAAUUGUCGUCUCAUGUGACGUCACUAUUGCUGCUGUAGCAUCGAUUAUUUUUGAAUCCAGUUUUAAUACACGCAUAUACCCGGAUACUAACCAA